UGUAAACCGGGUCUGUCGAGUCGACUCCUCCAAAGAGGGACGACGAGGUGGAGGUGGUCAGGCAGGGACAAGCGGGACUGUAGGCGGUACGGUUCGUGAAGGAGCCGGCGCCGAUAGCGCUCAGGCCAACGGGAUCCUCCUUGCUCGGGAUGCAACGACAAUAUUGCAAUUGAAACCUUCGAUCGGUGUCCCGCCCGCACCAAGAUGCAGCAAUAAUGGCCAUGGAUGUACUCUACGCGACGGUGAGAAAUAGGUUUGUCACGGUUGUGUAAUGUCUCAGCGAUGGCGUGAGAUCAAAACUGUGCUGGGGGAACUGGGGGUUGACGGGACGGGAAAAACAAGGAUAAUCGAGAUUCCGAGUUUUCUACCCCCCCAAAAAUGAUGUCCCCCAGUAUCCUCUCACUUCCCCCAGGUCGAAGAGUGAGAACAAGUGUGGCACUGGGCCCAUAUGUUGGCGGCAUGUUUUGUUCCCUGGAGUUGGAGAUCCAACAGACCGUUCCUGGAACUGAGCGUUGUGUUGCCGAAGAUCAUCUCUCUACACGAAAGGAGGUGACCAUCAGCAGCCUGCCCGCCCACGGGGAACAACAGGUCGCGAGAACGGGUCAUCUGUCCAUCUUCAGGGCUUCCAUGCGAAUUUUGCGGGACCUUGCAGGGUCUUUGUUUUGCCUAUGCAAGUUCCCCGAAAUACCUUGCGGUGGCACGGUGCAGGGUCUUGCACAGAAAGUUCGACGCUUCCUCCAACGGAGGCGGGGACGCACCCACAACAACGCCGCCCCCCCAGCCGAAAUUCUGUCAAGGCCAACACCACACACACACCAUGGACAUUCGAUUACCAGCUCCCGGGGAGAGAAAGACAGACAGGCCCCGAUGAACCAUGGUUAUGCCGCCAGAUUGGUGCCUCGGCCCUCGGGUCGGACGAGAACCAGUAUCACUUUCCUACUGCGCCCUUAUUUUCCCCUCUCUUUUCCGUCUCUGGGUUACAGACGCGUCGUGAGAAGUGAUGGCCGGCCCCGACAACGAUCGGUCUCUUGGAAGGUUGCAAUGCUUUGCGAAGAUAAUGUUGCAGGCAUUUGUUCCCCAGAAUUUUAUCCUUCUCCACACGGAGAAAUGUCAAAUAGUAGGGUUUAUUGCAAAUUUUUGCUCGACCUGCUGGCAUAUCGCGCAUGAUAUUGGACUUGCUCGUUUCGGGUGAAGGGGUUUCUGAAUGCCUGAACCCCACGAUCUCUCAAGAGAGCCCCA